GCUGGUGGUAAAGCUGGGAAAGACUCUGGGAAGACCAAGACUAAAGCAGUGUCCCGUUCUCAGCGGGCUGGAUUGCAGUUUCCUGUUGGCCGCAUCCACAGGCACUUGAAGUCUAGGACUACCAGCCAUGGGCGUGUAGGGGCCACAGCCGCUGUGUAUAGCGCUGCAAUCCUGGAGUACUUGACAGCUGAGGUUCUUGAGCUGGCAGGAAAUGCAUCCAAAGACUUGAAGGUGAAACGUAUCACUCCCCGUCACCUGCAGCUUGCAAUUAGAGGAGAUGAAGAGUUGGACUCUCUCAUUAAGGCAACAAUUGCUGGUGGUGGUGUAAUACCGCAUAUCCACAAGUCUCUCAUUGGGAAGAAAGGACAACAGAAGACUGUCUAAAGGCUACUAGGAUCCCGUGUUAUCUCAGGACUUUAAGUACUUAAUUGUCCAGUGUUGGUGAUUCCAGUGGACUGUAUCUGUGAAACACAAUUUUGCCUUUUUGUAAUUCUGAGAUGCUAAAGCUCCCUUGAGCUUUCUAACAAACCAAAUUUCUGCAUUGAAGUCUUAACCGUAUUUAAGUGUUACCAUGGCUUCAAAGAAGCUAUUGUAUUUGUAGUGGGUUUUGAUUGAGCUGACUGUUCUUAGAUUGGCUUAAGUAAAGGAAAUGUUUGGUUUUGUACAGACUUUUCAUCCACUAGAGUGGAAAUAUUCAAUAAAUGUAAUAUCAAGACUGA